AUGCUUCCGUUCCGCUGUAUCCCUUCAAGUAGUUCUGAAACAAUGUUUCUUGCAUACCGGACGUGUGUUUCCGGUCAUGUGACAGUGCAGGCAAAACCCGCCUUACACCCCCAUGUGACCAUAACAUACAGGCUCACUUGGGAGAGUAAGUAUAUCGUCAAUAGACUCAAAGGGUGUGAUUCGAUAUCAAACAACGAAACAGCUAAGCAGGCAUGUAUGAAUGACGUGAAACAAUUUUACCAGUCCGGUGCGUUCAGCAUCAAAGACCCAAACGUGCGUCCUGAAAUAUUACCGUAUAUCCAAUGGGAGUGUAGGGACUUUUGCUGGAAAUUCCCUGCCGUGAUAUCUAACCUGUCCGAAAUCUACUUUACCGACGCCUCGCAGUAUUUCGACAUCGCCUGGGAGACGGGGGUUGCAAUAACAAACUAUACUUUCUCGUCAAAGGACGAAUUAGACAAUAUUCGCAUGGGACUUGUGGAGAUAGGUGAAGGUGAGCAAUUGCUGAUGGAUGAGGCCUACCUCAGCAUGGCGGUGAGGAACGACACAGGUCGCCCUAACAUCAGCCCGAUGUUAAACGUCUUUCCGAUAUACAGGGUACCCCUAAACAGCAGCAUAGAUAUCCGACUGUUCCCGUUUGACGGAGACGGGGAUUACGUGAGGUGCCACUUUGACACCUUUCCUGGACCAGGAAGCCUAGAGUCACACAUCGUGUUAAAUGAGGUGUAUAUGAAGGAUGCCUGUGUGAUGACGCUGCACGCUGAUUCGCUGAACUUUCAACCAGGGGACAACCUCCAAGUAUACGUGUACGGCGAGGAUUUCUCGAGUAUCCCGGUUCAACUGACAGGCUCAUCUACAUACGUCUCAACAGGACCUUUCUCCAGAACACCGUUGCUGUUAUCCGUGUUCGUUGGCAAUUCUACGUGGUCUUCAUGUGCAGAAAGCGGUCCAAAAUUCCUAGCAGAUAGGACAUUGACCCCGUUCACGAAUGACUCGUAUAAUAUGUAUUUCCGCAAUGCCAAGUUUCAUUUCAAAACAGUGUCCGAUACUGACAGAAUCCUUGUAACGGUACCUCCGUUUAUGGUGUUUCACACGAACGCCUUAGGUAUGAUGGGAGAAUUGGAUUAUAUAAACGAUACCUCAAUGAAGGGAAUCCACCAGGUUUGCGGACAGGCAUACUCCAAGGAUGGGGUCCCCGGAGAGAGCCGAUGUACAGUACUAAUGUUAGAUGAGCCUGACGAGUGCAAGGUGGCAAACCCGUGCGGCCACGGUGGAAUUUGCGAGAACUACUUCAAGCAUACAGUGUGUACGUACCCAGACGGACCAGUGUACUACCAGAACCAUUGGCUGGACAGAAAGGCAACGGCUAGGAUAGUGGAACCGGAGCAGGACAGAACGGCCGUCUGUGUGGGAGUACCGGUAGGCCUGUCGUUGUUGCUUCUCCUCAUCAUCGUCGCUGUAACGUUCUACCUAAAACGUUACUUCACGGACCGCUUCACGAGGAGAACCGCCGUUGAGCCUGAGAAGAACGUCGAGAAGAACGAUGAACACAAAGGCCUGAGGCAACCAUGACUCGUAACGGAACAUUCUGCAAUCGGCACAUAUAGUAAACUUACCGUAAACACAACACAAGACACUGCAACACAGUGCA